GUUUCACUGACCAGUCAUCUGCACAGUAUGAGUCAGUAUCGUUAACAGGGUUCAAUUGUCUGUGCCUCGGUGUUGGAAACCGAACACAGCGGAUACAUGAAGAUGUUCUGUCAGAGGAUGUGGUUUGGUACGAGGGUGCAAGAGGAAGAGCGGGGGAGGAAGGGAGGAGUUUGUUCUCUCUCUCGCCGUCUCUGGGAAGAACCAGAAUAGAGGAGCGACAGGUGAACGUGGUGGAGGGAGGAGAGGAGCGAAGUUAGGAUCCACUUAUUAUUUUAACUUGUGUUUUGGAGUCUCUUGGAGGAUGGUCUGUGUGUUGGAGACGAUGCUUUGAUGACAGAGGAAACGAGGGAUGAUGGAGAGAGAGACUGAAGGCUACGCAUGGACUUCCGGGUCUGAUGGACAAAGGGAAGCCCAUUCCAGCAGCCCCCCAGACCAUGCAGGAAAAAAGAGAAAGCAGGACCCGGGCUCUGAGACCAUCGUCACAAUCACAGAGGACAGAGGUGACGAUGAAGAUGAAGAUAUGAUGUCAGACCUGAUGAAGGACUCUGAGGAGCCCAGCAAUAAAAGGGUUAAGCCGGUGGGGAAAGGGGGAGGAGUCACAGGCAUCAUCACCCCAGUCAAAACACCUGUCCUGAAACGCUUUGGGAAGAGUAUAACGCGUUCCAUCAGUUUCCGGACAGAGGCACGACCUUUGCCCCCCGCUCCUAUUCGUUCGCGACAGAAGGCCUCGUCGUUCCCACGGCGACGCAGUAGCCAAUGCUGGAGCGACACAGUGGAGAGUCACGACCUCACGGCCAAGGAGAUCAAACGACAAGAGGUGAUCUAUGAGUUGACUGAGGGAGAGAGACAGCUGAUUGAGGAUCUCAGUCUGGUUAAAAAGGUCUACUAUGAGCCCAUGCUGAAGUUGGACAUCAUGACUGAGAGUGAACUGGGACAGAUCUUUGGUACUCUGGACUCUCUCAUACCCCUCCAUGAAGAUCUCUUGGCUCGGCUGGAACGCCUGAGAGGAUCAGAGAAGACUGUUGGGGCGAUAGGACAAACACUCUUCAACUGGUUCCCCUGUCUAGGGGCGUAUGUGACAUAUUGCUGUAACCAGGUGGAGGCUAAGGCCCUGUUGGACAUGAAGAAGCAGCAGAAGCGAGUGGAGCAAUUCCUUCGUCUGUGCCAGGAGUCGUCUUUUAGCAGGAAGUUGGACCUCUGGAACUUCCUGGACCUCCCUCGCAGCCGAUUGGUCAAAUACCCGCUAUUGCUACGGGAGAUUCUGAAGAGCACGCCCCCAGAUCACCCCGACGAAGACACACUGCCUGACGCUUUGGAGUUGGUCCAGUCCAUCGUAUCAGAGGUGGACAGAAAGACCGGGGAGGCGGAGUGUCAGUUCUAUAGGCGGGGCUUGGCUUACCUGGAGGAGGGCCAACGGCUCCCUGAGAUCCAGCUGUCACGAUUCCUCUACUGCCACGGAGAACUGAAGAACAACAAGGGACAGAAGCUCCAUGUGUUCCUGUUUGAGCUGUGUCUGGUUCUGACGCGCUCGGUGGAGGACAGAGAAGGGGGCGUGGUCUUUCAGGUGUACCGCCAGCCCCUCCCCACCACCACGCUCCACCUAGAAGAGCUACCUGACGGGGAGGGCGGCGGGGGAGGAGGGGCCUUCAGGGGGGCCUUCACCAGCGGCAACGACAAAGUGCGUAACUGUUUCAGGGUGUCCAGUAGGGGGCGCUCUAAGGCCCAGUCCCACAGUCUCCAGGCCAACGACUCAUUCAACAAGCAGCAGUGGAUCUCCUGCCUGCGCCAGGCCAUGGUCCAAUCACGAGACAGGGACGCCCAGGUCAGCCAAUCACCGAUGUCGUCCCGCCUCUCCCCAGACCUCGCCCUCUACCACAUCGCAGAGCUGAGUCUGAGCUCAGACACCGAGAUGGCAGACCAGAGCAGUCAAUGACCGAGCAGAGUGAUCAGUGACAGACAGACUAGACCAAUCAAAUCAAAGACUGAUCAACUAAUUGCUUAUCAAUAGUCCCAUGAGGUAUUUAGAGGUGGGGGUGACGUUAAACAUGAAGGAUUUGUACGCUGGUCAGUACAGUUUAUAAGGGGAGAAAGGGGGUGAUGUUAGAAUAUUAUUGGCUCGUAAUGUAAUGUGCCUUCUAGCCUGGAUGCCAGUCUGUUUGUGCUGUCUUGUCAACACCUUAUGAAAUCGUCAUGCAGAACGAUGACAAUGGGGUACGCAGGAGCACAGACAGAUCUGGGACCAGGCUAACAUGCUUUGGAGCUCUGGGGUAGAUCAAGUUCCAAUAGAUUCAAUCAUCAGAUAAACUCUUCUAGAAUAUUAUGUAAUAAUGUAUUCAUGUAAUUAUAAUAUGUGUCGAGAGAGCGGCCUUUGUGCCAUAUAGGUGUUUGAAGUGAAGUUGAAACUCCCUGCGAUGUUAGCUGUGAUUACUGAUCACAUUAAUAACCUGUACAGAUUCAAGGCAUUAUUAAUGAAAGUAAAUGUGAUGAGUGACGUGGGUAUUUUUAAAUUGUUUUUUAUUUUACUUGUUGAUAAUAAACUAAAAAACCUA